CGCGGUGACAGCGGGCGGUGAGAGGUGAACGUCGGACGUGUGAAAAGUAACCGUCGGACGUGUGAAGAGUAAACAUAGGACGUGUGAGAAGUGAACAUAGGACGUGUGUGAGGCACAGGCGGGUGACGAGGCGCCACCAUGGUGCCAGCAUGCGGACUGCCGCUGACCUGCGCGGUACUGCUGGCGGCUGCAGUGACGGCGCGGGCGGCGCGUCCCAAACCGGAGCCGUAUCUGGACUGGCUGACUCUGCACCGGACCGAUCCCGGCGAGCCCGAACGGCGCAUCCUGGUGACGGUGGUGCCCGACCCGCAGCACGACUACGUGCGUCACCCAGUGCCCGGCUCGCCGUGGUCGCCGGCGCCGAUCGGCACCGGGCCGCCGCUGCAGCCCGGGGAGCUGGCUGAGAGCGAGCCGUCCGACCAGCCGGUUCCGCAGCUGCUGUCCACGCAGCGGCCGCCGCGGCCGGACUCGGAACUCCGUCAGCAGACCCCGGCACUGGAGCCGGCCGGCGACCCCCGCCAGCAGACCCCGGCACUACAGCCGGACUCUGAACUCCGUCAGCAGACACCGGCACUACAGCCGAACUCUGAACUCCGCCAGCAGACACCGGCACUACAGCCGGACUCUGAUCCGCUCCAGCAGACCUCGGCACUGCAGCCGGCCGAGGAGUCUGGCCAGCCGGAGUGGACGCGGGACCUGCCAGCCGAGUGGACCGACCGCUACCCGGUGGCCAGCGCCUACAUGGACAGCUACCAGAGCUACACCUCGGAGCCGAGCCGGUCCCUGUCGCAGACGGAGGGCCCGGCGGGAGGGCCUCAGCUAUAUUCAGCAGAGGAGUGGCAGGACGGCAGCGCGUCCAACUGGCUCACCCAUCACCUUCCCGUGUCCCGGCCGGUCGUAACUGCCGAUACAGACUCCCACCAGAUAUCUCCCAGCGAGCCGCCUCAGUCUAGAGGACAGUCUCUAACCGACCAGCUACACCAGGCGCAGCACCCCUGGUCACAGCACAUGCCGCCUGCCUGGCUUCAGAGCCCACUGUUCGAUUCUGAAAUCGAAUGGCCCCUUGAGGCCAAUACAUUUGAACCGGACGACCUCGAACAGCAGGCUGAGCGGCUUCAGGAGGAACAGGCACAGGAGCGAGAGAAGGAACAGGAAGAGGAGGGAUGGCCAGAGGAGCAACAGAAGUCGCAUUACGACCAACAGGAACGCAAACAACCGGAACAGCAACAGAAGGGGCAGCGAGAGGAACUUCGGGAUAAAGACGAGAAACAACACGCAGAUGGUGAACAAGACAGGACACACUACGAUUGGUAUAUUGAUGAAGACAAGGAAGAAACUGAAUAUCAAAACAUGGAAUAUGCGGAAGAAGAACAAGAAGAGGAUGAACAAACAUCAGACGCGAGCCAUUCCUACGAAACAAAAGAACAGGACUAUCAAGAAGAAAUACGACAUGACGAACAGUCAAGCGCGACAGAUGACCAGCGUGAUCAGAUAAGAGAACCAGGAAAUGGACAAAUCGAGGAGCAGCCAGAUGAUGAACAACUCAAUCAACCACAGGAAGGUCAGGAUGCCGAGAUGCCGUACCACCCGCCUCCGCCACCGCCACCACCAAAGUUCCCAGCGCCGGUGUGGUUGCAGCAGGCUGGAAUAACGUCCCACGAUCUCCUGCUGGAAGGUGAGCGUUAUCCAGAGCCAGCCAUGAUCAGCGCUCCACAGCCAAUCAGUUAUCUACAGACCACCGUGUCAAGCAUUCCAGAGACAACCACACCAAUGAAAUCAGAGCCAGACAAUUCUCCAGAGGCGACAACAACAUUCAGGUCAAAGACAACUACACCUAACAGUUCGGACACAAUCAUUUUUCAAGAGCCAGCCAUACCAGAUAAUCUGGAAACAACUACAGCCAGCAGUUUAGAGUCAAUCAGUUCUCAGGAUCCAACCACGUCCACCAGUCCGAAGCCAGCUGUAAAGCCGAAGCCAGCUGCGCCCCGCAGUGAGGACACACCCGCGACGGGAAGUCCGGAAACAAUCACGCCCACCGGCCCAAAGGCCACUGUGCUGGGAAGCCCGGAGCCAACCGUUCCCACCAGUCCACAGCAAACUCUGAUCAGCACCCCGGAGCCCACUAUAGCCAUCAGCCAGGAGCCAGCCGCACCAAGCAGUUCAAACCCUACAGCUACCAGCGCUCACAAGUCAAAUUCUACCAAUGAUCUGGAGUCAAACCCCACAAGCACCACGGAGUUACUCGCCACCAGCAGUACAGAGUCAACCGCCGCCAGUGAUACGAAGUCAAGCCUCAACAGCAGCUCAGAGUCCAAUUCUACCAGCACCCCGGAGUCCCUCGCGCCCAGUCCGACCCGCCGCCCGGACCGCCGGCCCGGGUCGCUGCUGUCGCGCCUGGUGGGUCCGCUGCUCACCUGGCAGGACCGGCCGUCCGGCCAGCGGCUGCUGAGGUACCUGGCCAACCCCCUCAGCUCCGAGCACUGGACACAGCAGCGCCGGCGCCGCAGCAGUGAUCAGCUCGAAACACACAGCCCAGAACCAUCACCAGCCGAGACAAGCACUACUGAGACAUCGUCAGCCGAGACAAGCGCUACUGAGGCAUCGUCAGUUGGCACAACCUCCACUGAACCAUUGCCAGCUGAGACAAGCGCUACUAAACCUUCGCCAGCUGAGAUAAGCUCUACUGAGCCAUCCCUUGCGCCUACCAGCUCCACUGAGCCAUCUAUUGCUCCCACUACCUCUCCUGAGCCAUCUAUUGCUCCCACUACCUCUUCUGAGCCAUCCAUAGCUCCCACUGAGUCCUCCGUGGCUCCCACUGAGUCAUCCUUCGCUCCCACCGCCUCCACUGAGCCCUCGUUAGCUCCCGCUGAGCCAUCCAUGGAUCCCACCAUCUCAAAUGAGCCAUCCCUGGCACCAACUACUCCCACUGAGCCCUCCCCGGAUCCCACUGAGCCUUCUCUGGCUCCCACCGAUCCACCUCCAGCUCCCACUGAGUCCUCCGUGGCUCCCACUGAGUCCUCCGUGGCUCCCACUGAGCCACCCCUGGCUCCCACUGAGUCCUCCGUGGCUCCCACUGAGUCCUCCGUGGCUCCCACUGAGCCACCCCUGGCUCCCACUGAGUCCUCCGUGGCUCCCACUGAGCCAUCCUUGGCUCCCACCUCCCCCGCUAAGCCACCUCUGGUUCCCACUAUCUCUACUGAGCCAUUCCUUGCUCCCACCAUCGCUGAAACAUCCCUGGCUCCAAGUACUUCUACUGAACCACCUCUGGCUCCCACCAUCGCUACUGAGCCACCCUUCGCUCCCACCGCCUCCACUGAGCCCUCGUUAGCUCCCACUGAGCCACCCCUUGCUCCCAAUGAGCCACCCUCCCUGGCCCCCACCGAGCCACCCCCAGCUCCCACCGCCUCCACUGAUCCCGACUCGCUGCAGUCGGAGGUGGUGGAGGCGUCCGGACCGGCCGGCCCACCUCCCGCGGCCCGCUGCGGCGUCACCUCUGACCAGCCGACUCGGAUAGUCGGCGGCGCGCCGGCCGCCCCCGACCGCUGGCCCUGGAUGGCCGCCCUGGUGGUGCGCGUACCCUGGUACGGCUCAUGGGUCAACUGCGGAGGGGCGCUCAUCAGCGGACGGCACGUGCUCACCGCCGCGCACUGUCUGUACAGCAUCACCCGUCCGUCGUCUCUCCGCUCCCUGGUGGUGCGUCUGGGAGAGUACCGUCUCUACACGGCGGCGGACGGGCCCCACCUGGACCUAACACCAAUCUCCAUCACCAUCCAUCCCGCCUACGAGCACUACAGCCAGCGCUUCGACUUUGGCAUCGUGACGCUGCCGUACGACGUCACGGUGCACACGGCGGCGAACAGCGGUCUGGCGGAGGACCUGCUGCCCAUCUGCCUGCCGACAGCUGGCGAGCAGUUCGUCGGACAGAACGGCACCAUUCUAGGCUGGGGGAACCUCUACGAGUCUGGCUACCAGAGCUCGAUUCUACACGAGGUGACGGUGCCCAUCUGGAACCAGACCGCCUGCCAGCACGCCUACAGGGAGGACUCCUGGGGAGUCGGACCGGACGCCUUCUGCGCCGGACUCCCCCACGGAGGCAAGGACUCGUGCCAGGGAGACAGCGGCGGUCCGCUGAUGGUCCGCGCUGGUCCGGACCAGCUCUGGACCGUGGCCGGCCUGGUCAGCUGGGGAGAAGGCUGCGCCCGGCCCGAGUUCCCCGGAGUCUACUCGAACGUGGCCGCCGCCCGCGACUGGAUCGACUCGGUGCUGGAGCACCACGAGUGAGCGCGACUCGUGACGGUCGCCGUGACUCGUGAUGGUGGUCGUUACUCGUGAAUCACGUCCCGGACACCCGUGUGAUGGUUGUCAGUGUUUCGUGAGUCACGGCAGCCGCUGGUGUAUAGGAAGGCAGCGACUCUCUGAAUCGGUCUCUCAACGGUCGUUUAUAUGCGGGUGCGGUAUCCACCAGGGCAUCAAACUACACUCACAGUGAACGGUGGAAAACGCGGGACAAGCCGGAGGAAUGGGACGGAGUGGCGGCCGAGUCUGCUCACCUGUCGUCGCCGGUAAUCUCCAGCAGGUGGAGAGUGGAUGACGUCACCACCAGGACACACUCCUGCUGCUGGUACUGCGGCUCCAGCGCGCACGUCACCUGCCAAACGGGAGAGCCGCAGUGUAACAGCCAGAGGUGUUCGAUCGUGGGAAUACAAAUAAAUGGGAACCU